AUGCUAUUAGAAAGCGACAAUUUUUUGUUGGAGUUAACAAAAUUAUUUCAACAGCAACGUGUCAAAAAUUCAGGCUCAUUAUCAUUAGUAAUGAAACGAUACGAUGGACAAACGAAGCCCAAACCAAAAUUAACUAAAAAACAACGCCUAGAGAAAAAACAAACUCCAACAAAUUCAUCUACAACAGCUCAUGACUCAGUGGAAUAUAAAUGUCUCGUACGUGCCACAUUUGGCUCAAAAAAGUUAUCGACAAUUGUUUCAUCAAAAGAUAUAAAUCGUUUUCAAUUAGCAUAUUCAAAUCUGUUAAAAGCAAACAUGGAUACAUUGAAAAAGAAAGCAAAAGAAAGUAAAGCAACAGGCCAAGCAUCGGCCAAUGCCAAUAGUAACGUUCCAUCAUCACCGAGAGUGGCAACAAACGCAGCAUCAACAUCAUCUGCUACAAAUCAGCAAAAGAAAACUCCAACAACACCAGCUAAGAAAAAAUAA